CACCGUUGGAGUCUACGUACGUACGUUGAUAAGUCAUGUCAGCAGGCUGGGGUGUAAAUAGAAACAACAAUGGUGUCUUUAUUCUGUUGACUGUUCUCUGCUGCCACCCUCUCAAGGGGGGCGGGGGGGAUAAGAGGUCUUAUCAGCCCCCCCAUGAAAGCAGCAGACUUCUAUUCUGAAGGGUGCAGAUGUCACGGGUCUGACUUCGAGUACACCUAAGAACCUGAGACUCUGGGAUCGGACUUUUGAUGACAUCGAGACUACAUGACUUUAGUCAGGAUUUUAGACCGGACUAAGAUUAAGACCACAUAAAUUUAGACUGGACUGACACCGUCAUGUGACGUCAGGUCACAUGACAACAUGCGUCAGAAAGGCGGUCUUUGGUCGCUGCUGGGCUCUCAUCUCCACACGGCCUGUGAUGUCACUGCUUGCUGGCGCCAUGGCAACAGGGAUCGGGGAGGAGAGAUGGCGACACAAAGAUGGGGGGGGAGUUGGUAAAAAUAGCUGCUUGGGGGGGGGUUGUUCCCCCGUGGGAGCACAAAGCGGCCUGGCAACAUUUUUCAGGUUCCCUUUUCGUUGGCAAAUAUGGCCGCCUGGUCCAAAGGUCCAAAAUUGUGUUUUGAGCCGGUUCAUUAGCUUUAGCAUUAGCAUUUUUGACUGUUCACACUCCAGACCAGAAGGGGGCGGCAUCGUACCAACAGUAUAUUGUUAGCCACUAAGGAGGGAUUUAUUGGAACUCCUGAACCUGGAUCCGUGUCGGGACCACAUGACUUUAGACUUGGACCACAUAAAUGAAAACUGAAUGGAAACGAGCGAAGACCAUCUGGGCCAGGGAACACUGGACUGAGACUUGAACCAGCUGAAGUAUUCAUGAUUGUCAGAGUCUUGGACCACAUGACUGUCGGCCAUCUUGAGACUGGGGCAACAUGACCUAACGCUGAAGUGGGACCAAAUGAAUUCAGGCUGGACCCGUACUUGGACCACUUGACUUAAACCCGGAUUGGAAAGAAGAAAGCCUUCCAGCAGUUGAUUGUCCUGCAAUCACACGUGGAUUUGGGUCUGGUUUGACACGGAGCGUCUGCAUGUAAUCCCACUCAAAUCCAGACUGAGCUGCGGCAUUGUUCUCCCGCUUCUGGGCCAACAAAAGUUCCAGCCAGGAUUACAGUACGAGUUUUUGCACUCUUAACAUUCCUGCCUGACCUUGGCCAAAGGGAGCCGCCCCCCCUUCUUCCUGAUAGGGCAAAUUACAGUAAUAGCCUUUUCCAUGCUUAUGGCGCCCUCUUGUGGAGAACACUACACAGUGCUUCUUAAUAAAUGUGAAAACAGCUUUAAUUUGAAUAAAAUAACUAAUAGUACAUUAUAAAGUACAACACAUGAAGGUGAGUUAUGGGAGAUAUUAGCAUUAUUGUACGUCAUUGUCCUUUCUAGCCAUCUUCCAUCCAAACAAAAACACGUAAAUACCACUUUAGCUCUUGAUGCUAUUUCAAGCCCAGCCCCGCCCCGCUGCCGUCGGAUGACGCUAUUUACCCAGUAUUGCCAUGGAAACGGCAUAAGGUCAGACGGCACUUUCUUUACGCAUGCGUAGACUUUAGAAGUCCAAAUGGCUGUAACUCCACAAAUGGCACAUUUCUUCGGUUUAAGUCCUGUUUUCCAUCGUAGAAAACGUAACUAUCAUUUGUCGCUUUGAAAUGACGUCACUGCGUAUACUAUAACGGUAGUUAACCACUCGUUGAUUCUAAAUACAAAGUAAGACACUUGGAGUCCUGUUGCACAGUUCGGCCACAGGGGGCGCCGCGGCUUAGUUCGUUAGGAAGGCCACACACAGCAGCGAAGAAGAAGAACAAACUCCUGCUGUGUUGGGAAGACGACCGACUUGUUCCCGCUCUUUUCCGUGUUUCAGGUCGGUAAAAAGUGCUUUAAAGUCAACAAACACGAUAUGUAAUACAGUCAGAUAGGGUGUCUUUUCCUACACUUAAACCCACAGGGGGCGCCGCGGCUUGGUUCGUAAGGAAGGCCACACACAGCAGCGAAGAAGAAGGAUAAACUUCUUCUGUGGUGGGAAAACGACCGACUUGUUCCCGCUCUUUUCCGUGUUUCAGAAAGAUGUUCCCCCAGCAGCCUUCACAUCCGGGUCAGUCAUGGACGGAGUUCGGUGUUGCCUUCAGGUUACCCUCGUACAUCGGCACUAACGUCAUAAGAACAUGUGAACAACCCUGAAACGUCCUAUGAUAUGAAGAAGCUAUGGAAAUUAGAAUAAUAGUGUAGAAAAUGGCUUAAAAUGAAAACGGCUUCACUUUUCAAUAGUGAGGCUGUAACCUCCCACUUCCGGCGAGCCACUCAACGCGUCACAAGUUGAGACCGUAAAGGCAACACGGAGUGUCAACCCAGCUGUCUCCUCACACCGAGGACAUGGGCUCGAGUGGCUGCCAACACGGAAACAUCGCCCCGGGGGUGGGGGGCCCUCAAAGUACGCCGGAACUUUCCACCCCCGCCUCCAUGUGAGCCAUGUCCAAGAGCCUGAAGAGGAAGAAGAACCACUGGAGCAACAAAGUCCAUCAGCGCGUACUUGGCCGGAGCGCGGAGGGAGAGCUGCUGGCUCCGGAGCUGAGGGGCGGCGCGGAGCAUGGCCAGUUCCCGCUUGUGGGCGAGCGUCCUCCCGGUGGCGCUCCGUGCCUUCCCCUCCAGGGCGAGCUGCUGCUGGAAGUGAACGACACCCCGGUGGCAGGACUCACCAGCCGGGACGUGCAGGCGGUGGUGAAGCACAGCAAGGAGCCGGUGACACUCAAGUGCGUCAAACAAGGGGGCGUGAUCGACCAGGACCUGUGCCGCUUCCUCAGCCUGCGCUUCCAAAAAGGCUCGGUGGACCACGAGCUGCAGCAGAUCAUCCGGGACAACCUCUACCUCCGCACCAUCCCCUGCACCACCAGGCCGCCCAAGGAAGGAGAGGUCCCGGGGGUGGAUUAUAAUUUUGUGAGCGUCGAGCGGUUUCUGGAAUUGGAAAAAAGCGGCGCCUUGCUCGAGAGCGGAACCUAUGAAGAUAACUUUUACGGCACCCCCAAGCCCCCCGCCGAGCCCAGCGCUCCGCCGCUAAAUGUAACGGAGCAGCUGCUGCCGGGCGCCAGACCCAGCUCCGAGGGCAAGCGCAAGCGCAACAAGUCGGUCAGCGACAUGGAGAAAGCCAGCAUCGAGCCGCCGGAGGACGAGGAGGAGGAGAGGCCCGUCGUCAACGGCAACGGGGUCACCCUCACGCCAGAGUCCAGCGAACACGAGGACAAGAGCACCUUGGGGGAUGCCGUGCCCCCGCCGGGCAACAUGGCCGACGUCCCCGCCGAGGUUCCCGAUGACCCGACGCAGUCCCCGAAAAUACUCCCCACCUUGGAGGCCAAUGACGAGUUGGGGCCGCUGCCGGACAACUGGGAGAUGGCGUACACGGAGAAGGGAGAAGUCUACUUCAUAGACCACAACACCAAGACCACGUCCUGGUUGGACCCGAGGCUCGCCAAGAAGGCCAAACCGCCUGAGGAGUGCAAAGAGGACGAACUUCCGUAUGGCUGGGAGAAAAUCGAUGAUCCAAUCUACGGAAGCUACUAUGUGGACCAUAUCAACAGGAGGACCCAGUUUGAGAACCCGGUUCUGGAGGCCAAGAGGAGAGUCCAGCAGCAGCAGCAGAUGCAAAGCCAGGGUCUCUCCUCGCUUCCGCUUCCUGCCAUCUACAAAGAGAAGCCGCUGUUCACGCGCGACCCCACCCAGCUUAAAGGCAGCUUCCUGUCCACGGCGCUCCAGAAGAGCGGCAUGGGCUUCGGCUUCACCAUCAUCGGAGGCGACGAGCCCGACGAGUUCCUCCAGGUGAAGAGCGUCAUCCCGGACGGGCCGGCCGCCGCCGACGCAAAGAUGGCCACAGGUGACGUCAUCGUCUACAUCAACGACGUCUGCGUCCUGGGCACCACCCACGCCGACGUGGUCAAGCUGUUCCAGUCGGUGCCGAUCGGGCAAAGCGUGACGUUGGUGCUGUGCCGAGGGUACCCGCUGCCGUACGAGCCCGAGGAGAACAGCGACGCCGGCAUGGUGUCCCCGCUGGGCGUCAUGGACCAGCGCCCCAUCCUGGUCAACGGUCGCUCCGGAUACGACAACUACCUGGAUUAUCUUUCCCGCACGGCCCGCUUGGUUCCGGACGGCGGCCAGGACCCCGCCCGGCAGCUCCUCCCCCCUCACCCGGGCGACACCCACUUGGACGGCUCGCUGGCGUCCGCCGCCACGCCCCCCGACAGCGUUUCCGUGUCGUCGGGCGCCGCACAAUCCGAGACGCUGGCGCUCACCAUGGUGAAGGGCGCCGACGGAUUCGGCUUCACCGUCGCCGACAGCCUGGCGGGACAGCGGGUCAAGCAGGUCCUGGAGCCGCAGGGGUGCCCCGGGUUGAGCGAGGGCGACCUGAUCGUGGAGAUCAACAAGCAGGCGGUGCUCGGACUCACGCACGCGCAGGUGGUGGAGAUGCUCAAGGAGUGCCCGGUCGGCGCCGACACCGGUCUGCUGGUCCAGAGAGCGGCAGCAGAAUCAGCCGGCCCGCCGAGGACAACCUUCCCCACCGAGUCCUCCCCCCCCUCAGGGGCCGAGUACCAGGACAUGGAGGUCCACCUGCGGAGACAGAAGUCUGGCUUCGGGUUCAGGGUCCUGGGCGGGGACGAGGCGGGGCAGCCUGUGAGUCCGGAGACACGUGAGAAGCAGAUCUUAAUCGGCGCCAUCAUCGAGAAGAGCCCGGCGGACCUGGACGGACGCCUGCGGCCCGGCGACGAGCUCCUCUUCGUGGACGGCAUUCCCGUUGUGGGGAAGCCGCAUCGCUACGUCAUCGACCUGAUGCACGGGGCGGCGCGGAACGGCCAAGUCAACCUGGUCAUCAGGAGGAGGCUGAACGCCGCGGGCGACUCGUGUCAGGAGAACGGUCGCCAUUCGGGUUCGGUUUCCACGCAGCACAGCUCGCCGCGUAGCGAUCUCACGUACGCCAACAGUACCGGGACCGCCCAAGCAGGCGGCGGCGGCGGCGCCUCCGACGUAAACACGCAACCGAGCGACGUCCUCAUCCACCGCAAGGAGAGCGAAGGCUUCGGGUUCGUCAUCAUCAGCUCCCUCAACCGGCCCGAGGCGCCCGCCGCCAACCCCGUGCCUCACAAGAUCGGGCGCAUCAUCGAGGGAAGUCCGGCCGACCGCUGCGGGAAGCUGAAGGUCGGGGAUCGAAUCCUGGCCGUCAACACGCAGUCCAUCGUUAGCAUGCCGCACGCCGACAUCGUCAAACUCAUCAAGGACGCCGGACUCAGCGUCACCCUGAGGAUCGUCCCGCAGGAGGAGGUCGGCAACCCCCCAUCAGGCCCCGCCUCCCAGCAGCAGAGCCCCCUGACGCAGCAGAACAGCCCCCAGACGCAGAAGCCCGUUGGCGGCGGCGUGGCCCCACCGCCCGGCCCGGGUGUCCAGAGUCCAGAGCCCAACACCAAAGCCCACCAGAGUCCUGGCACCCAGCUGCCCGUCCCCCCGCCCCAGACCACCUACACCCACGAGGGCAGUUACAGGUCAGAGGUCAAAGCCAGGCAAGACGUCAAACCGGACAUCCGCCAGCCGCCCUUCACCGACUACCGCCAGCCGCCCGUGGACUACCGCCACCCACCGGUGGCCGACUACAGAGCUCCGCCCACGCUGGACUACCGACACCCGCCGCUGUUGGACUACCGGACCCAGUUUGCCAUCCCGGACUACAGGAUGCCCCCGGUUCAGCUGUCGCAGGAUUUUGACUUCUUCACGGUGGAGCUGGAGAAGAGCCUGAAGGGCUUCGGGUUCAGCAUCCGAGGAGGUCGGGAAUACAAGAUGGACCUGUUUGUCCUCAGACUGGCCGAGGACGGGCCGGCCGUCCGCAACGGGAGGAUGAGGGUCGGAGACCAGAUCAUCGAGAUCAACGGCGAGAGCACGAGAGAAAUGACCCACGGCCGCGCCAUCGAGCUGAUCAAGUCGGGAGGCAGACGGGUGCGUCUUCUUCUCAAGCGCGGCACGGGCCAGGCGCCGGAGUUCGACAAUAACGCCUCACGGGAUGCUCGCCCUGCAGCCUCUCCAAGCCUGUCGGAAGUAGCCCCGCCCCCUGACGGCCUUCCCACGUCGCCGCCGCCGCCUUCAUCCCGCUCGGCCGCCUCCCCGGACCCGCCUCUCUCGGUCAAAUCCGAGGCGCUCCAGAGAGACGAUCUCGUCAGGAGAGCAGGCGGCAGGGCCCCCCUCCGGGGGCACAGGGUGCCGCCCCCUGCUGAGGGGGACGCGCUUCAAAGCACCGCAGGCGGAAAGCAUCCUUCUUCUUCCAAACACCCGCACGCCAACGGGACCAGCAAGGAAGAUGCGGGGCCCGCACUGAACGAGAGGGACUCGGCGGACACCUGGUCCGGUAGGGGUGCCGGUGGAUCGGUGAGGAAGUCCACCGUCUCCCCCGGACUCUGGAAGAUCCCAGGAUCGGACAAGCUGCCCGGCACACUGCGUCCGGGAGCGUCCACGCUCAGAUAACCCGACUUCCCCUGACAUGGAUCCGCUUUUUAUUUAUCAGACUCUUUGCUAAAUUAUUUGACACCCUCCACCUUAAAAACUGGAGUCAUCCACCGCAGCUGGACUCGCAACCAAUCAGAUGUCAGCAGCUGAUUUCGGAAAAAAAACUGAGGACACCAUGCAGUCUAUUUUUAGGACUAGUGGACUUUGCCUUAAGGAGAGCAACAAUCAGAAGAAAUGUACAGGAGAUCAUCUUGGGGGGGGGUGCCUUAAAGGGACACUGAGGGGGUGUUAAAAGGCUGCUAUGAAAAUACCCAAUUCCGUACUGUGAAAUACAUUUCCGUUUCACUCCACGUCCUGACAUGAUCCCCCGUGCAGGAGUUUUUUUUUGUUGUUGUUGUUGUCUAAAAACAACGUUUUUGUCUGCGUUCAUCACGGUUGCCAUGGCGACGUGACGGACCUUCAUGCACAAGCAAGGAGGUGGGACCCGAGCACAUUUGUGUGUCAACAGGACUUCUUCUUCUGUUGGGCGCCAAAAACCAAAACGUGUACAUGCGUGUGCACAUAUGUACUGUGUGUGUGUGUGUGUGUUUUUACACACAGCUCAGAAUCACUGUGUAGUGUAAAAAAAAAAAAAAAAAAAACAGAACUACAGUAUGGAAAGGACAAUUAUUGUAGGAAAAGUGAAGCGACUAUUUUUAUGACGAAAUGCAGCACUAUAAAUAUAUGAACUUGUUUUUUUCAGAAAUCUUGUUUACCUGUAUGAUAAUCUGACAAAUAAAACAUUGACACAACACCAAAUAUGCUCCAAGUGUGGACUUUUGGGGUUAAAAGUCAUUAAUAAUAUGAUAUUAGAUAAAUAAAAAAU